GAGAAACAGUGAGAUCGGCCGCAUGAACAAGCGUGUCGCGCGUAUCGAAAUGGAUUUCUAUUAUUAUACGGUGUGCCGCCGCGACGUCGUUUCGCUGUGCAUUUGAUCGUCGCGGCCGGCGGCGGACCAGCCGCGGCGGGACGUGUGGUAUAUCUCGCACGCGGAGCUUAGCAAGAGCGGGAAGUGAGCUAUUUCAGUCGCGGGCCACAUUUCACCACAGAAUGAAAUUGCCUCCCUGCAAGAGUCACACAUAUUAUUUUUUGUCACGCCUCUAUCUUCAUCAAUCACAGCAAAUGUAAUGCGAGGAUCUAUGCAACAACCAGACUAUUCUAAAGAAACAAUUUCAAGAAAUAAAAAUGUUGAUGCGUCAUACAAGAAGAUUUCAGUGUUUGGUUAUGCUGGAUAUGUCCGGCACUAUGGGGAUUCCCACUUUACCGCCCAUUGUAUGGAAAAAAGUCGCUUUCAAACGCUUCAACCGUCAUCAAAAACUAAGCUUUCAGUGCAGGUGUCACAAAAAAGUUAUUACUUAUUUAUUUUAAAACUUGGUAAAAAAAUUAGAGUAAGUUAUCAAAGUAAAAAUUCAAAAAGUUCUCCAACAUUUUUAAAUUUUGAUGUUACUGCAGAGAUGAACAGAUGCAUUGUAUUUUUAAUUUUGUUUUUGUUUGCAUUGAAAAUUGUUUAUAUUAAAAUUAAUUAGAUCAAUAUUUGUCAGUAUAACUAAUUCAAAAUCACAAAAAAAAUAAUUGUUUUUAUGUUCAAAACU